CGGCCUCAGUCUCUCUCUCUCUCUCUCUCUUUGUGACGCUCUGUAACCAAACAAACCCUAGUUUUUUUGAUCGGAAGAGUAUUCGGAGAGUAAACGACUCGUCGGUUUUGGUUUGAGAUGGCAGCCGAGACAGAGACGUUUGCCUUUCAGGCGGAGAUCAACCAGCUGUUGAGUUUGAUCAUCAACACCUUUUACAGUAACAAGGAGAUCUUUCUUCGUGAGCUCAUCAGUAACUCCUCUGAUGCUCUGGACAAAAUCAGAUUUGAAAGCUUGACUGACAAGAGCAAGCUAGAUGCUCAGCCAGAGCUAUUCAUCCACAUUAUUCCUGACAAGGCUAGCAACACAUUGACCAUUGUUGACAGUGGUAUUGGGAUGACCAAGGCUGAUUUGGUCAACAAUCUUGGUACCAUUGCUAGGUCUGGCACAAAGGAGUUUAUGGAAGCUUUGGCAGCUGGAGCUGAUGUCAGUAUGAUUGGUCAAUUUGGUGUUGGUUUCUACUCAGCUUACUUGGUUGCAGAGAAAGUUAUUGUCACCACCAAGCACAAUGAUGAUGAGCAAUACGUGUGGGAAUCCCAGGCUGGUGGGUCAUUCACUGUCACCAGAGACACCACUGGUGAGCCUCUUGGCCGUGGUACAAAGAUUACCCUCCACCUUAAGGAAGACCAGCUUGAGUACCUUGAGGAGCGCCGGUUGAAGGAUCUCAUUGGGAAGCACUCUGAGCUCAUUCUUUAUCCAAUUUCUGUCUGGAUUGAGAAGACCACUGAGUAGGAAAUUUCUGAUGAUGAGGAUGAGGAGGGUAAGGUUGAGGAUGUGGAUGAGGAAAAGGAGAAGGUAGAGAAGAAGAAGAUCAAGGAGGUGUCUCAUGAGUGGUCUUUGGUGAACAAGCAGAAGCCAAUCUGGAUGAGGAAGCCUGAGGAAAUCACCAAGGAAGAGUAUGCUGCUUUCUACAAAAGUCUGACCAAUGACUGGGAGGAGCACUUGGCAGUGAAGCACUUCUCAGUUGAGGGUCAGCUUGAGUUUAAGGCUAUCCUCUUUGUUCCCAAGAGGGCACCUUUUGAUCUCUUUGACACCAGGAAGAAGCCAAACAACAUCAAGCUGUAUGUUCGCCGUGUCUUCAUCAUGGACAACUGUGAGGAGUUGAUCCCUGAGUAUCUCAGCUUUGUUAAGGGUAUUGUUGACUCUGAGGACCUUCCUCUCAACAUCUCCAGAGAAACGCUUCAACAGAACAAGAUCCUCAAGGUCAUCCGUAAGAAUUUGGUGAAGAAGUGCAUUGAGCUCUUCUUUGAGAUUGCUGAGAACAAGGAAGAUUACAACAAGUUCUAUGAGGCCUUCUCUAAAAACCUCAAGCUUGGUAUCCAUGAGGAUUCAACAAACAAGACUAAGCUCGCUGAAUUGCUUAGGUACCAUUCUACCAAGAGUGGUGAUGAGCUAACCAGCUUGAAGGAUUACGUGACCAGAAUGAAGGAGGGGCAGAGUGACAUCUAUUAUAUCACUGGUGAGAGCAAGAAGGCUGUAGAGAACUCCCCAUUCCUUGAGAAACUGAAGAAGAAAGGUUAUGAAGUACUUUUCAUGGUUGAUGCCAUUGAUGAGUAUGCUGUUGGUCAACUUAAGGAAUUUGAGGGCAAGAAGCUUGUCUCUGCAACCAAGGAAGGUCUGAAGCUUGAGGAGAGCGAGGACGAGAAGAAGAAGAAGGAAAGUUUGAAGGAGAAGUUUGAGGGUCUGUGUAAGGUGGUCAAGGAUGUUUUGGGCGACAGAGUGGAGAAGGUCGUUGUUUCUGACCGUGUUGUUGAUUCUCCCUGCUGUUUGGUAACAGGUGAGUAUGGCUGGACAGCCAACAUGGAAAGGAUCAUGAAGGCUCAGGCCUUGAGGGAUAACAGCAUGGCAGGAUACAUGUCCAGCAAGAAAACCAUGGAGAUCAACCCGGAGAACCCCAUCAUGGAGGAGCUGAGGAAGAGGGCUGAUGCUGACAAGAAUGACAAAUCCGUCAAGGACCUUGUCCUCCUCCUCUUUGAGACCGCCCUUCUUACCUCUGGAUUCAGCCUUGACGACCCCAACACCUUCGGCAACAGAAUCCACAGAAUGCUCAAACUCGGGCUGAGCAUUGAUGAAGACGUUGAAGAAGCCGAUGCUGACAUGCCACCACUGGAGGAAGCUGCUGAUGAGGCCGAGGGCAGCAAGAUGGAGGAAGUCGAUUAAGCAGCUUCUAGUUUUUUGACUUUAUUAUCUCAUCGAACUCUAUUAACCUAGUAGUCUCUUUUAUCUUUUUUUAUUGUGUUGUCGUACUCUUUAAUUAGUGGCUUUUAUAUUUUCCUCUUUUGGGCUUAUUUUUAUUUUUUGGAAAAUGCUGAAGUCUGCUGUCUUCGAAUAUUUAUAUAGUUUACUCUUAUAAUGCAGUCGGCUUUCAAAUGUUCCCAAAUCAUGGUAUUUUGUUUCAGUC